AUGAAGAGAGACCCUCCAGUGAAGAAGGAGGUGGCAGACCCACCUGAUGUGAUAUCUUCAGAUGAAGACAUUCAAGAGGAAGAAGAUAUGACUAAUAACCCUGCCAUACCUGAAGAAGAAAACAUGAUUAAUCCUCCUGCUAAUGAGAAAACUGGCAAUUAUUAUAAAGAUAUAAAACAAUAUGUGUUCACCACAAAAAAUCCAAAUGGCACUGUGUCUGAAAUAUCCGUAAAAGCAACAACAAAUCUCAAUUUUGCCCUGAAGACCUUAACAACCCCAAAUGUGCCUGCAUUUUGGACAAUGCUAGCUAAAGCUAUAAAUGGAACGAUCGCAGGCACAGGUGGUAAAGAUCAGUUAUUUCAACCAAUUCCAGACUCUGAUGUGAAUGCUACAAAUGAAGACAAACUGUCAGACCUAGAGGCUCUCAAGCUCAAAUUAAUGCUGGGCAUCGCACUGAUGACCCUGCUCAUUUUUAUACCCCUCAUGAUAUUCUGCAUUGUCACACUGUAUAAACUGAAGCAGCUGAGUUCCAAACCGCGUCCGAGUCAGUACUCCAUUGACCCAGAGCUGGCCGUCCUUUCCUACUUCCACCCGUCAGAGGGUGUAUCAGACACAUCUUUUUCCAACAGUGCAGACAGCAGCCUAUAUUGGAACACUGCCGCCCCUCCAGAUCUGAGAAAACCAAGGACAAGAAUGUCUGCCACCAUGAUAAGCCCAGGGGACAUGCGUCCACUUAUUGAGUCAGAGUUUCCUGUCAAUGAGGAAGCAAAUGAUGCCAUCAAUUAGAGAACGAUGAUGUCAAACAUAACAUCCUCUUGUCAGUCAGAAAUGAUUUUUGUCACCGACAUUAAUGUCAUGAUUUUGGAAUGACUGAAACAUUUAAAUUUUCUGGAGUAUGGACUGGGCUUCUCAUCACUUAAAAGCAAAUAAUCAUCACAAGGAAAUUGAUACAGAAUCAGAUUUAUUCAGGGGCAAAUACCUUGGAAGAUGGAGAGGGGGCUCGUGUUCUCAAGGCUGUAUCUUGGGGAACUCGGGGUGCAAACUGCUUUAAUAUGGAGGGA